GAGCUCUGUGGUUUUGUGUGCCAAGUGAACAUGUCGAAAAGACGUAAAUUGCUUUUGGGUUUUUAAGUUUCAAUAAAUAUCUAAACGAAAUAAAAGAGGAGGAAAAUAGGAAAAAAACAAGAAUUUGGAGUUGCGAAAUUUAUUUAGAUCGUGACUGUGAAAAUGUGUACGAAAAUUUAGUAAAGAAAUUGGAAGCAGAAGGUGAUGAAUUUUACAAAAAAUUUGUAAGAAUCACUUUUGUUGAAUUUAAUAAAUUCAUCAAAAGAUUGAACCUUUGAUACGAAAAAAAUGCACAAAUAUGAGGAAAGCAAUUAGUAGUCGUAAUCGUCUAGCUGGCAUCAGAUAAUUAUUUCUAGGAAAUUAAUCAACAAUUUUACCUGAGUUGAAUGUGCUUUUUUUUAAAUAGGCGAUAGUUUCAACAACUUGUCUAUGUAUUGUGUUUAAAAUUGCGCCGUGUACGAUUGGUAAAAUAAUCACUGACGUGUGUGAAGCUAUUUACAACAUACUAAAAGAAGAUUAUUUGAAGACCCCUUCAAUUGUGGAAGAAUGGUAUAAAAUUGCUGAUGGCUUUUGGGAGAAGUGGAAUUUUAUGAAUUGUUUGGGUGCUUUGGAUGGAAAGCAUAUAAAUAUAAUAAAACCUGACAGAAGCGGAAGUGAAUAUUAUAAUUACAAGGGUCAUUGCAGUAUUGUUUUGAUGGCAUUAGCUGAUGCUAAUUAUUGUUGUUAAUAUUGGCGCUAAAGGUUCUGGUUCAGAUGGUGGUGUUUUUAAUGAAUGUAAAUUUAACGAAAAGUUGCAAAACAAUCAGUUGAAUAUUCCACCAAAUCGCCCAUUAUUGAAUAGAGAAAAAGAAAUUCCGUUUGUUAUUGUUGCUAAUGAUGCGUUUCCAUUACAAAAGCACAUUAUGAAACCGUAUUCAAAAAGAAAUUUGACCAUGCCAGAAAAAAUUUUUAACUAUCGAUUAUCACGUGCUAGACGUGUUAUUGAAAAUGCUUUUGGUAUAGCGUUAGCUAGAUUCAUAUGUUUGAGAACUUUUCACCACAAAAAAUUACAACCAUAGUAUCGGCUGUAUGAGUUUUACACAAUUUUUGCAUGAGACGGACACAAAAUCUUUAUUCACCAACAUCGUAUGCUGAUGCAGAAGAAAACGGUGUAUUAAUUCCUGGUAACUGGCGUUUGGAAUCACCAGAAGAACUAAUUUCUCUAGCUCCAAUUCAAACACAAAACGCAACAAAUGAAGCAAAAGAGAUUCAAAAGGAAAUAACAGAAUUGUUUGUUACUCAAGCAGAUCUAAAAUGUUGCCCACUCGGAUAAAAAAUGUGCAAACGUCGCAGUUGGCAUCUGACACUGGUUUUUCUCAAACUAUGCUAACUUGCGAGAGUACAAAUUCAAGCAGAGCGGACGCUGUGGACGAAAAUAUUGAAGAUGAAGAAGAAAAUGAGUUCUUCGAUGCCAGCAGUGAACCAGAUGACUUCAAGAACUUUGAAAUGGAUUUAGAUAGUGCUUUGGAGGAAGCUAAGUUGGCCAUUUGUUAUCUCUUUAAUAAUAAAUUUGAUGAAGCUCGCAUUUUAUUGCAACCAUACGCGCAUGUCAGUAUAUACCAUUCAAUGGGUAACGCUGUAUUUAUAUUCCUGGAAGCAAUAUUAACGUUUGAACAGCGGCACAUUGUCAGAGCUGGAGAUGAGUUGAAAAAGUGUUUAAGUGUUUGCCAACGUUAUAAGCACAAAAACACUUUUACACAGUCCAUCGGGAGGAAAUUUAAGAAGACAAAUUACACGCAACUCACUGAUUUGGAGGCGCAUGCUGAAUUAUGUUAUGCAGAGGCGUUGCUCUUGCGAGCUCUACUCACAUUCAUUGAGGACGAGACUUUAACAAGUUUGAUACGCGGAGGUAUGAAAAUACGUCAUUGUUACAGUAGCUACAAGGAAUGCGCUCAAAUUCUUGUGCAAAGACAAUGGGAAUCAGAAGUGUCCAAAGUACAUUUCGAAAGCGGUGUACGAAUGGGUGUUGGCGCCUUUAAUUUAAUGAUUUCUUUACUGCCUUCAAGUGUUAUAAAAGUCUUGCAGGUCAUAGGAUUCUCUGGAAAUAAGACUGCUGGUCUAGCUGAUCUCAAAACUGGCUAUCAUUUAUCCGGUCUACGUCAGGUGCUUUGCGCUAUGACUUUGCUUGGCUAUCAUCUGAUAGUUUGUUAUGUAAUAUGUCAUCAAGAAGGUGAUUUAGAACUGUGCCAUAGUAUCCUAGAGGAGCAAUUAUUAUUGUAUCCUCAGGGUGUGUGGUUUCUCUUCUUUAAGGGCCGACUAGAAUUCAUGAAGGGUAAUCUGGAUGAAGCGCAGUAUUGGUACAAAAAAUCAUGGAAAUCACAAAACGUCUGGACGCAACUCCAUCAUCUGAGUUUUUGGGAGUUAUUGUGGGUAAACUGCUUGAAGUUAGAUUGGCAUGAGGCGAGAUUGUACGGCAGCUACUUAGUAGAACAAAGCAAAUGGUCUCGUACAAUUUAUUCAUAUCAGCAAGCAGCCGUAAUGCUAAUGAACGAUGACCUUGACGAUAUUGGGCGGCAAACCGUUGAGCGUCUAAUGCAAGAUGCGCCCAAGCAUAAGCAACGAAUUGCUGGAAAAUCACUUCCAAUGGAAAAAUUUAUUUGUAAGAAAGUGGCACGAUAUUUUGCGCAAAAUCGUUACUUGUGCCUUCCAGCUGUUGAGCUAAUGUUUGUCUGGAACACAUUCAAGGUACUUGGUAAAAAUUAUCGGCUUUCUGACAGUAUUUGCCGCUUAAUUGAACUCCAAAUGAAGCAGUUAGCACACAGAAAUGAUAUUUAUGAACUUGAUAAUCAAGCGUUAUGUUUGUUAUUACGUGGCGCUUGUUAUCGACAAAUGAAACAACCAUUCCUUGCAUUGCAAGAUCUUGAGGCAUGUAUGAACUUGGAAAGUCAGGUAAAAGAGGAUACAUAUUUGGUGGCCUACGCCUGUGUGGAAUCAGGACUGGUGCAUGCGGACGAACAAAACUACGAUUUGGCUAUUUCCACAAUUGAGGAAGCAAAAAAGAAAUACACUGGAUUUUCCCUUGAAUCACGCCUGAAUUUUCGCAUCCACGCUGCACUUAUGGAACUAAAGGAAAAACUUAAUGAUACAACAUGAAGAUAAAAAUUUGAAUAAACCUUUUAUAUAAGCAUGAAAUAAAGAUCAAUUGAAAUUAAAUAAACAUAAUUAAAAAAUACAAAA